AAUAAACAUCUGAAUAAUAGACGUGCUUUGAAAUCAUACUGAAUUAAUAAUUAUAUUGGUCUUCUUGGUGCUUAACGUCAAUUCAUCUCGUUGUAAAAAUAGUACUUAUACUUGCAAGAUCCGAAGUUUGUGGUAAAACAUCCACAAUUUCAAGAGACUCUUGAUCAUACAAUUGAACAGACUUGACUGGAAAUAUUAACCCCCAGAAAAUUCAUUAGCACAAUGUCCACCACACUCACCGAACAAGCUCCCUCCGAGCAUAUCACCAAGCUCGAAACCAACUCCACUACACCUCACGAUAUAAAAGGAGUUUUGAAUUAUUACCUUGAUCCAGAAGAUGGAAGUCCUCCAGAGCCCAAUUACGUGAAUAAGCCUAACACUUAUGAUCGUCCCGUUCAUUCGGUAGAGGUUACUGUCCACGAUAUCCGCGGUUCAGAAGACCAGUAUACGUUGGACACCACCGGUUUCCAGGUCGUAAACCAUAUUAGUCGGGAGAAAGAUUUUGUGGAUGAUGAGAAGAUCAAGAGUGACUACUAUAAAGAAACCGAAGAAUUGUUGAAACGAGAGACCGGAGCAUCCAAAGUUUUCAUCUUUGACCACACAAUCCGUCGUGAAGCUCUUGAUACGAGAGCCCCAGCACCUGUAUCUGCUGAUUCAAUCAAUAAGAAUCCCACCCCAGUUGUCGUCCGCGGCCCUGUUCAACGCGUUCACAUCGAUCAAUCCUAUGCCGCCAGCCCCCGCCGCGUAACCCAUCAUCUUCCUGAGGAAGCCGAGAAACUUCUCAAAGGACGUUUUCAAAUCAUCAAUGUUUGGCGACCCAUCAAGACAAUUCUCAAAGAUCCCCUUGGUGUUGCUGCUGCCAAUUCAGUUGAUGACAAAGAUCUUGUUCCAAUCAAACUUAUCUAUCCUGAUCGCGAAGGAGAAACUUACUCUGUGCGUCAUGCUCCGGGUCAUAAAUGGAACUAUUUGUAUAAGCAGACACCCGAGGAGGUACUUCUGAUCAAGUGUUUUGAUAGCAAGACUGAUGGGAGAGCGAGACGUGUUCCGCAUAGUGCGUUUGUGAAUCCCGAACAUGAGGGAGAGCAGAAGAGAGAGAGUAUUGAGGUUAGGGCAUUGGUUUUCCACCCGGAUGAUACAGAAUAGAGAGAACUCUAAGGGGCAUAGCAAAGACUUUCGAGACUGUAAGAAAUAUGUAAGAAGGAAAGCAUGAAUCUAAAUUGAACCAAUAUCUCAUUUAUUUAGAAGCAUUUUGAAAUGCUUGAUCGGCAUAUUUAAGCCACUUCCAUUUGAUU